UGCGAGUGGCCACACGUAGAGGAUCAGUGAGGUUGUGGCAAUGGUUUGUGCAAUCUCGUCAUCACCGUUCUCAACUCUCUCGUUUCGGCGUCUCGUCGUACGCAAUGCGACGCCGUCUCCGUGCAAGCCGCGUGCCGUUAAACCCUUAACGGCACUUCCGAGCGCGGGGCGGAGGCAGUUGCUGUUUUUUCUGACGGCGACGACGGCGUUGACGGCGAGGGAAGCGGCGUCCGUGGCGCAGGACAUUCCCUUGUUCGGGAUACGGAAGAGUCUGAAGAAGGUGGAGGAGGAAGCGGAGGAGAUUGUGAGAGAGGGAUUUGAGGCUGCGGAUAAGGGAUUGGUGGCGGCGGAGAAGGGGCUGGAGACGGCGGAGAAGGGGUUGGUGGCGGCGGAGAAGGGGAUAGAGGAAGCGGAGAGGGAGAUAGAGGAGACGGUGAGUUUUGGGGGGUUGGCGCAGGCGGGAGCGGUGGCGGGAGCGGAGGUUUUUGGGAUUUUGGUUGCAACGGCAGUGGUGAACGGUAUUUUGGGUCCUGAAGCUCAAAAAUCGUGACUCGUGAGUUGGUCAUAACUCAUAAGUAAUUAUCAGUACAUUGUUGUUGUCCAUCGAUAUCGUAGUGUUAAGUGUUCAAUUGGAUAUGUUUUUGUGGAAGUUGAUCCAGUCACUUUGUAAGAAUGUCCGCUUUACGUGUUCAUGUUUGUAGCUUUGUGAUCAUAUCGUUUGAAUGAAUCAAUGCAUCUAGAAUCCAAUAGCAUUGUUCCUAUGCAUAGAAAUUGUUCGUUAUCAUAGUAUUUUUUGUUGACUUUUAGCCUUAUGGACUAUGAGACUACUAAAGUAUUAAGCAUAAGCAAUUCCUGUUCCUCACAAAUCUUGUGAUCAUAUAGAUGAUAAUUUACUA